GGAGAAAUGAAGCCAACUGGUACAGACCCAAGGAUAUUAUCGCUAGCUGCUGAAGUUGCUAAAAGUCCUGAGCAGAAUGUCCCUGUUAUAUUGUUAAAGUUAAAAGAAAUAAUAAACAGCACACCUUUAGGAAGUUCAGAGUUGAAGAAAAUCAAACAAGAUAUAUAUUGUUAUGACCUCAUUCAAUAUUGCCUCUUGGUCCUCAGUCAAGAUUGUUCUCGAAUCCAGGGUGGUUGGUCUACCAUUUCCCAACUUACACAAAUAUUAAGCCAUUGUUGUGUGGGAUUGGAGCCAGGAGAAGACUCAGAGGAAUUUUACAGUGAAUUACUUCCAUCAGCUGCAGAAAAUUUUCUGGUUUUGGGGAGGCGAUUACAAACAUGUUUCAUCAAUGCAGCUAAGGGUGAAGAAAAAGAUGAAUUACUGCACUUUUUCCAAGUUGUGACUGAAUCUCUCUUCUGGCUACUGGGAGGCCAUGUUCAACUUGUUCAGAAUGUGCUGCAAAGUGACCAUUUCUUGCACUUACUGCAAACUGAUGAUGUUCAAAUAGGAACUAUAGUCAUGACUAUGCUACAGAACAUACUACAUAUUAACAGUGGUCAUUUACUCAGAAUAGAAGCAAAAAAACUGCAUUCAAUUUUAGAUGAAGUUGUUUUCAAGCUUUUGUCAACUCCCAGUCCAGUCCUAAGAAAUACUGCUAUAAAACUUCUGUUGUUGAUGGCUGAAUCACAUCAUGAAAUUUUGAUUUUAUUGAGACGAAGUUCCUGCUACAGAGGACUCAGAAGUCUACUAAAUAAACAGGAAAUUGGGUCAGAAUUUAGUCAUGAACUCAGACAGCUUCUUGGCGUUUUAAGCCCAAAGUCCUAUCAGGAGGUUGAAGAGCAGAAACUGCAUAAAGCAGCUUGUGUGAUUCAAGCUUAUUGGAAGGGUUUCCAGACUAGAAAGAGAAUAAAGAAGCUUCCAUCUGCUGUAACUACUUUGCAAAGAAAUUUCAGAAUGAAACGAACAAAGAUAUUGCUGAAGUUAAAUAGGCAGAAGGAAGAAGAGGACCACAAAUUACAAUUGCAACUUCAGAGGCAGAGAGCCAUGAGACUUUCCCGAGAAUUACAACUGAGUAUGCUUGAAAUAGUUCAUCCAGGUGACGUGGAAAAACACAAUCAGGAAAUUGAAGAGAAAUCAGCAUUGAUUAUCCAGAAACAUUGGAAAGGAUACAGGGAAAGGAAAACGUUUCACCAACAAAAACAAACUCAUAUGGAGUAUAAAGCAGCUAUCAUACUUCAGAGAGCAGCUCUUACAUUCCUGGCAAAAUGUCAUAAGAGAAAGGAAUUAUUUGCUCCUUGGCAAGGAUUUCAGGGACUCACUGAUGCACACAGAGUUGAACUGAAGCAACAAGUGGAUGACUAUGUGAGAAGACAUCCAAGCUCUCAGAUGUCAGAUGUGGCCAGCAAGGAUCUCCAUGCGCAGGCUCAAGAACAACUGCAGUCCUAUUUGCUUGGUACAGGGCUCUUUCACUCACUGGUUUAUUUUCUGUUUACUACAGGAGCACCAAGUCUGAAGGAGGCAGAGGGGAAAGAACCUAAAGUCUUUAUCAGUAGAUCCAGGCCUGUGGCAGCCAAGGCCAAGCAAACCCAUCUCACCACCUUAAAGCACAUACAAGCACCCUGGUGGAAGAAGCUUGGGGAAGAACCAGGGAAUGAGAUUGAUAUCCUAAAAGAUGAACUUAGUGUAGAAUUAGAAACUUUAUUCAUUGGUGGAACUAAACCCCCUUAG